CGCGCCCCGGGCUGCGGGUCAUGCUGCGGACGUGCGGGACCGCCCUGCGGCCCCCCGGGUGCUGCCCGCGCCUCGGCCGCCUCUGCUCCCGGCUCCUCCCGGCCGCGCCGGGCCUCUGGCCGAGGAAGCGGGGGCUGCCCGCGGGCCGGCCUGUGUCGGGGGAACGCGGACAAGGAUGGCUGCCGCCGACGGGCCACGACACGGGCGUCCAGGUCUACAACAGCCUGACCCGGAGGAAAGACCCCUUCAUCGUGGCCAACGCGGAAGCCGCCUCCUGGUACAGUUGUGGGCCCACUGUGUACGAUCAUGCACACCUUGGCCACGCUUGCUCCUAUGUUAGGUUUGAUAUAAUUCGAAGGCUCCUGACCAGGGUUUUUGGAUGCAACAUAAUCAUGGUGAUGGGAGUCACAGAUAUUGAUGAUAAAAUAAUCAGAAGAGCCAGUGAGAUGAAUAUAUCACCCACUUCUCUUGCCAGUUUUUAUGAAGAAGAUUUUAAACAAGAUAUGGCAGCCUUGAAGGUACUCCCACCCACAGUGUACUUGAGGGUAACUGAAAAUAUUCCUCAGAUAAUUUCUUUCAUUGAGGGAAUAAUUGCUAACGGACAUGCUUAUUCAACGUCGAAAGGCAAUGUCUACUUUGACCUGAAAUCCAGAGGAGACAAGUACGGUAAACUAGUCGGCGUGGUCCUGGAUCCAGUUGGAGAGCCAGUUGAUUCUGACAAACGACACUCCAGUGAUUUUGCCCUAUGGAAGGCAUCUAAACCCCAGGAGAUUUUUUGGACAUCACCUUGGGGACUUGGAAGACCUGGCUGGCACAUUGAAUGUUCUACCAUGUCAAGUUUGAUAUUUGGAAGUCAAUUGGAUAUCCACUCGGGUGGGAUCGAUUUAGCUUUUCCGCAUCACGAAAAUGAAAUCGCGCAGUGUGAGGCCUUCCAUCAGUGCAAGCAAUGGGGAAAUUAUUUUCUGCAUUCUGGGCAUUUGCACGUUAAAGGCAAAGAAGAAAAAAUGUCCAAAUCAUUAAAAAACUACAUUACAAUUAAGGACUUUCUAAAGAAGUUUUCACCUGAUGUCUUCCGGCUUUUUUGUAUGCGGAGCAAUUACAGGUCAGGAAUCGACUACAGUGACAGCGCCAUGCAGGAUGCUCAGCGUCUCCUCCUUGGGAUGGCCUCCUUUGUCGAGGAUGCACGAGCCUACAUGAGAGGCCAGGUGGCCUGUGCCUCCAUCAGGGAAGACCAGUUGUGGGAAAGACUGGCCAACACCAAGGUGGCUGUGAAGGCUGCGUUUGCAGACGACUUUGACACGCCCAGAGCUAUUGAUGCCCUUAUGGACCUCAUUCACCACGGAAACAGACAGCUCAAGGCAGUUACUGAGGAUGCUGCUGGUCCGCGGAGUCCCGCUGUGCUUGGCGCCGUGGUCUCCUACGUGGAGCAGUUUUUAGAGACUGUUGGCAUUUCUCUGGCGAAUCGAAAGUUUGUUUCAGGAGACAGCAGCUCAGCCACCUUGUGCAGUGUGGUGGACGAGCUGGUCCACUUCCGUCAGAAGGUGCGGCAGUACGCCCUGGCCACACAGGAGGCCUCCCAGGAGGCCCGGCGGCAGCAGCUUCAGGAGAGGCAGCCCCUGCUCGAGGCGUGUGAUACUCUGCGCAGGGACCUCACCGUCCAUGGCAUCAGCAUUAAGGACAGAAGCAGUACAGUGUCAACAUGGGAACUGCUGGAUCAAAGAACAAAAGACCAGACUGCAGGGAACUGAGAAUUAAACGAAGCCACGUGGAACCACGCUUUCAUGAUACAGCUUCUAUGCUUUAUUAUAAAACGAUAAAAACUUUACAUUAAAGUUUUCUAUUGUGGCUAUUAAGUCAACAUUAAAAUAAACUGGUAUCAUCCCACUGGUGUCUCUUA